AUGGUUGUCAACCGCCAGCUGGGCAGAAAUGGUCCAACUGUUCCGGCCCUGGGCCUCGGUCUGAUGGGAAUGUCCUUCUGGGUCUAUGGUUCGAUUCCCAGCGACGAGGAGCGAUUCAAGGUCCUUGAUCGUGCCGUCGAGCUGGGAGAGACAUUUUGGGAUACAUCCGAUCUUUAUGGCGACAAUGAGGAGCUCCUGGGAAAAUGGUUCCGACGCACCGGAAAGCGCGACCAGAUCUUUCUUGCGACCAAGUUUGGGUUUGUCCAGGGAGGAAAACUCCACGAGAUCAACAGUUCCGCCGCAUAUUGCAAGAAAGCUUGCGAUGAAAGCCUCAAAAGGCUGGGAGUCAAUUCGAUUGACCUUUACUAUUUGCACAGUCCCAACCCGCAGACUCCCAUCGAGGAGACCAUGAGAGCUAUGGUGGAGCUUCAGGGAGAAGGCAAGAUCAAGCACAUUGGCGUGUCAUCCGUCUCUUCCACGACCCUUCGCCGCGCAUGCAAGAUCGCCAACGUCGUGGCCGUCCAAACCGAGUACUGCGUCUUUUCACGCGAUAUUGAGGGCCCAACAGGCACGAAUCUCCUGGCAACCUGUCGAGAACUGGGUGUGGCUCUUGUGGCGUCUUGUCCCCUUGGACGCGGGGUUAUCACGUCCACUUUCAGCAGGGGUGAGCCAGUCGGCAAUAGUGAGGAUAAGCGACCGAAGGUCAUACCCAAGUUUCUAGAAGAGAAUCGCGAGCGCAACGUCAAGAUUGCCAGUCAGUUCGCGGCACUGGCGGAGAAGAAAGGUUGCACUGUAUCUCAGUUGGCUUUGGCCUGGCUUUUGAAACAAGGGAACGAUAUCUUUGCCAUUCCAGGGACGAGACGGGUGAAGUACUUGGAGGAAAACUGGGGUGCUCUCCAGAUUUCACUGACAGACAAGGAUGAGGCCGAGAUCAGGACCUUUGCAGAGGAGAAUGAGAUGGCUGGUGGCCAGGUCCCCGACGAGUUCGCGGACUAUCUGUAUCGCGAUACUGUGGAGGAGAAUUAA